AUAGAGAACAACUGGCUUCACGUUGAGGAACUCUAAGGACCGAAGAGAAGAUCUGUACUAUAAUCAUAAUAUAAUAAUGUAAAUAAUGUCUGUGUGGAAGUAAGGUGACCCUGUGAGGGAUUCAACGCUGGCAGAGGUGUUGUGAUGAAGCUCCAUCAGAAGAUUUUGACCCAUUACCUGUCAUGCACCUCUCCGGUAGAUAAAGAGGGAUAUCUCUAUAAAAAGAAAGAGAGGACUGCCACCUACCAGCGGCGGUGGUUCGUCCUGAAGGCCAACCUGCUCUUCUACCAGGAGCGUCCGGCUGACCGCCACCUGCUGGGGGUCAUCGUGCUGGAGGGGUGUGCGGUCCGCCGCUCAGAGUCUGACGGACAGUUUGCCUUCUCUCUGGUGUUUGAGGGGCCCGGGCUGAAAACCUACAGAUUUGCAGCAGGAGAUGGUCAGACUCACGAGAGCUGGGUGAAAGCGUUGCUGUCAGCCAGCCACUGUUACCUCUCGCUGCUGGUCAGAGACCUGGGGAGGCAGUAUGAAGAAGCUAAACAGCAACAAGGCUCUGGUGAGUCCCGUCACAGCUCCUCCGUCGGGGCCCUCAAACAGUCCACCUCCAGCUUCUUCUUCGCUGUUCAGGGGCCGACAGCAGCGGUGGUCAGGGAGUCGAGAAGCUUCAGCGCCGGCACCGUUUUACAAGCACCGUCUAUACCCACCAAAGUGGUGGCUAAAAAGUCUCCUAAACUGUGGCCCAGGAGAAACGCUCACGUCACACCUCUUAAUGGACCGGCACCUCUGUACGGUGAAUGGCCUCUGGUGGGUUUUGAUCCACUUGAGGACUUCAGCAAACUUCAUGAUUAUUAUGGACAGGAAGUGAAGAAAGCGAGAGAGGAGUGGCUGAGGAGUCGACGAGCAGAAGAGGAACACGUCGAUGGAGAUCUCAUCGACCUGGGCUGAAAGAAAACCUGACAGUUAGAGACUGUAUAUAUUCAUAUAUGGUAGAGACCUCUAAAGAGGAAGUGAGUCGUUCAUGUGUGUUAAAAAGGAACUGAACUUUAAGUGUUGUGGGUUAUUUAAGAACAUGUAGUUUGAGGUCCAGACACUUGUAAACCUGCUAAAUGUUCCUUUUUUCAUAUGACGAGUUUAGAUAAUUUCUCUGUUAGAUUUGUAUUACAGAAAGUUGUAAUUUUCCUGAGAUGGCCUUAAAGUGUCCAUGGGUUGCAACAAAGAACAGGCAGGAAUCUGCACACAAAUGCAGCAUUUUGACUAACGUUACUAAGGUCUCUGCUCUAUUAAGUGUCUAAGUAAGCUGUGACAGUGCAACAGUGAGCCAGUAUACACAAUAACAGGACCCUGAAACUGAAGCAGUCCCAAUCAUUAUUGGGAUUUUUGUACUGUGACAUCUCAUAAUGUCGUCCAUAAAAGCAGCAUAUUCCUUAUUUGUUCUCAUGUACGCUCUGCUAACUGGAACCUGCUGUUAACUGCAUAACAGUUCCCCGAGCAGUGACUCACAUGGUGCAACUAAUGGGUUCAUCCAUGGCAUAAAAAGACUGUAUGAAGCAGUAUAAAGCAAGAGAAUUAUAUAUUUUUCAUUGCAUGAAAAAAUUAAAAUGAUCUGUCGACCUAGGUCCGAUGAUACACAAACAAGACUUUCAUAUUCUAGUUCAGUUCAUAAAGGUUUAAAACGUUUAAAAAAAUGUUUUUAUUAUUAACACUUUUCCUGCUAUGACGUCAAAAUGUCCUCCAUGAAAAAGGCCUUUCUCUCCUUGUUUGUUCUGCUAACUGGAAUCUGCACACCUGCUGCUGAUCGCAUUGAAGAUAUAUGUUUACUAUUUCAUUUUAAAUUGUAACUAUCCAUGGUGUAGACAGGCUGUUUGAUGCAGUAUUAAGCACAGAGUAUUAUAUCUUUUUCAUUGCAUGAAAAAUAAAAUCAGUCCGUUGACUUAAA